UGGGGAGCAGGAACAAGCCUGCACGUGUUCCCAUGUCGCAGCUCGUUGGGGUUGUAUAUGUGGAUCGAUCGAGCUCGAUCUGAGCACGCCAUUCAACUCUGCAAGAAGCAAACAUGGCCAUGGCAGCCAAAUCCUUGGCGCCGGUGCUCAUCUCCACCGUCUUCUGCUGCUACGCCUUCCUCACCCCUUCCCACGCUUCGUCCGACGACUUCCCCCAAUGCCUCUCGGCGAGCAUCCCCUGCCCGCUCGUGCACGCACAGAGCACUCCGUCCUUCACUUCGGUGCUGGUGUCCUCCAUCCGAAACGCAAGGUUCUCCACGCCUACGACGGUGAGGCCGCUCUGGGUCAUCACGCCCACGAACGCCUCCCACGUGCAGGCCGCCGUGGUCUGCGGCCGCCGGCACGGCGUCCGCCUCCGGGUGCGCAGCGGCGGGCACGACUACGAAGGCCUGUCCUACAGCUCCAAGCGCCCGGAGGUGUUCGCCGUGGUCGACCUGUCUAAUCUCCGCGGCGUCCGGAUCGACAAGCAGAACUCCACCGCGUGGGUGGACUCCGGCGCGACGCUCGGCGAGCUGUACUACGCCGUCGCGCAGGCGAGCAACCAGCUCGCGUUCCCGGCCGGCCUGUGCCCGACCAUCGGCGUCGGGGGGCAUUUCAGCGGCGGCGGUUUCGGCACGCUGCUGCGCAAGUACGGCCUCGCCGCCGACAACGUCCUGAACGCCCUGGUGGUGGACGCCAGGGGGAGGAUCCUGGACAAGGACGCCAUGGGGCCCGACGUCUUCUGGGCCAUCCGCGGCGGCGGCGGCGAGAGCUUCGGCAUCGUGCUGUCGUGGCAGGUGAGGCUCGUGGCCGUGCCGCCGACGGUCACGGCGUUCAGGAUCCCGGUGACCGUCGACGAGGGCGCCGUGGAUGCCGUGACCAGAUGGCAGGAGGUGGCGCCAGCCCUCCCCGACGACCUGUUCAUAAGGGUGCUCCUCCAGAACCAGACCGCGACCUUCGAGGCCCUGUACCUCGGCACGUGCGACGUGCUCCUGCCGGUGAUGCGGUGCCGCUUCCGGGAGCUCGGGAUGAGGAUGAACCGCACCCACUGCCAGGAGAUGACAUGGAUCCAGUCCGUGCCCUACUUCUCCCUGAGCAGCGGCGCCACCGUGGAGGACAUCCUGAACCGGACCACCGCCACGGGCACCUACACGAAGAUGACGUCCGACUACGUCCGGCAGGCCAUCCGCCGCGACGCGUGGGAGAGCAUCUUUGCCGGAUGGCUCGCGAGGCCCGACGCCGGGAUCAUGAUCCUGGACCCCUACGGCGCGGCGAUCGGCGGCGUCCCGGAGCCGGCGACGCCGUUCCCGCACCGCGCCGGCGUGCUGUACAACAUCCAGUACGUGAACCUGUGGUUCGCCGGCGGGGACGGCGGCGCGGCGCAGAUGAAGUGGGUCAGGGACCUGUACGCGUUCAUGGAGCCGUACGUGAGCUCGAGCCCGAGGGAGGCCUACUUCAACUACAGGGACCUCGACCUCGGCGAGAACGUCGUCGUGGGCAACGUCAGCAGCUACGAGGCCGGCAAGGUUUGGGGCGAGAAGUACUUCAGGGACAACUACAAGAGGCUCGCUUUGGCGAAGAAUGACAUCGACCCUGACGACUUCUUCAGGAACGAGCAGAGCAUCCCGCCGCUCGGGCCGGGCAAGUAGGGAGCUGCAGGGACUUGGAAAAUGGCGCGCGCCUGCGGUCGAAACAUUUUAGAAUAAAUCUAGUUAUUAGCUAAUCAUUAUUUUUCUUUUGCACAUAUUGUAUAGCUAUACAUAACCACGUACGCACUCGCGGCUGGGGCUAGGAAAGAAAUAUAAGGACUAAUAAUAUAAGUUCAUGAAUAAAUUCAGCUAAUUAAAAUUAUUGCUUGCCUUUGGUCUCUUAU